AUGGAGGAAUCAAAGGGAUUGGUGAAGCAUGUUUUGCUGGCAAAGUUUAAGGAUGAUCUCCCACCAGAGAAGGUAGAUGAGAUCAUAAAGAGCUUUGCAAAUCUCGUCAAUCUAAUUGACUGCAUGAAGUCUUUCCAUGGGGGUAAGGAUGUAAGUCCAUUUAACAUGCAUGAAGGGUUCACUCAUGUGUUCGAGGCCACUUUCGAGAGCCUGGAAGCUGUAAAUGAGUAUGCUGUACAUCCAGACCAUGUUGAAUUCGCUGAUCUGUUGAGGGCAACCACAGAGAAGUUCAUUGUUGUCGACUACAUUCCCACAUAUUUCAAUCUCUAA